GACGACGCACGCGGAGGUUACCUCUCGCCCCCCCUCUCCUCCGUCCCUCGGAGUCUCCUCCUGUCUUGAUUUCGGGUCGCUGCUGUUUCGAUCCCCUUUCCUCCCUGACGAUUUGCUUAUUUUUGCGUUGGAUUUGUAACCUAAACAUCUCGUUUCCGCACCGUUUUGGGGCCGCGUCUACUGGUGGUUGGGUCCCUUUAGAUCGAGUAGGCGCGAGGAUGGGGACACAUCCCCGAUUGAUCUGACGUGAUACGCGUACGGAUCCGUCAAAGCCUCUACUCCAGUUUAACCAGAUGAUUAUGUGUCAUGCUUAUUAAGCGGCGUGUUUUUUACCGCUGGAAGUUCGUACAUAGAUCCGGCGUACUGCAAAUUUUGAAAACUGAACUGUAAGAUGGCAUCAGCAGAGCUUUCCCGUGAGGAAAAUGUGUACAUGGCGAAGCUCGCUGAGCAGGCGGAGAGGUACGAGGAGAUGGUUGAGUUCAUGGAGAAGGUAGCCAAGACUGUUGACUCGGAGGAGCUCACUGUGGAGGAGCGAAACCUCUUGUCUGUUGCAUACAAGAACGUCAUUGGAGCCCGCCGCGCCUCAUGGCGCAUCAUCUCCUCCAUCGAGCAGAAGGAGGAGGGCCGAGGCAAUGAGGACCGAGUAACACUCAUCAAGGAUUAUCGUGGCAAGAUUGAGACUGAGCUGACCAAGAUCUGUGAUGGCAUCCUCAAGCUGCUUGAGACCCAUCUUGUGCCGUCUUCCACUGCCCCCGAGUCCAAGGUCUUCUAUCUCAAGAUGAAGGGUGAUUACUACAGAUACCUUGCUGAGUUCAAGACUGGAGCUGAGAGAAAGGACGCCGCUGAGAACACGAUGGUGGCAUACAAGGCUGCCCAGGACAUUGCUCUGGCUGAGCUUGCUCCAACUCACCCUAUUAGGCUUGGACUGGCACUUAACUUCUCAGUGUUCUACUAUGAGAUUCUGAACUCACCUGAUCGCGCCUGCAGUCUUGCAAAGCAGGCUUUUGACGAGGCCAUCUCGGAACUGGACACCCUGAGCGAGGAGUCCUACAAGGACAGCACUUUGAUCAUGCAGCUCCUUCGUGAUAACUUGACCCUAUGGACCUCUGACAUCUCGGAGGACCCUGCUGAAGAGAUUAGGGAGGCGCCCAAGCGGGACUCGAGUGAGGGGCAGUAAAGCCGGCUUUAUGUGCCUAGAAACUAGUAGCUAGUGUUUGCUGCUGUCGAAUGACACUAUGCAAUGUGAUCUGGAACCUGGUUUCUUGGGUGCGACGCUUGUAGCCGUGUUAUGACUGUCGUCCGUAAAAUUUGGGGGCUCCCCGUAAGGGAUGCUGCCUGGCAAGGCCUCGGUGUCCCACCUCGUCUGUGGCGUGGGGCGCUGGAGCCCGGUCUGGUUGGGUUGGGAAGCCCUUUAAACUGUUGUCACUUGCAUUUUACCUUUUCCAUCGCUGUUUAUUGUGAGUGGUCCUAUAUCAAUGGCUGGUCUCAGUGGUCUAUACGUAUGCUUUUUGGUUCUCUUGA